CGUUUUAAACGUGUUUUAAUCUGGAGCCUUAUAUUUCUCAUAAAUAUUUCAACAUAGCUCUUCGUACUAGGUAACAGUUUUCUUCUUCAAAUCAAUAUGACGUUUAUAUCAUCUUUCAAAGAAAUUUAUGAAUUUUCUCGAGAGUAUGUCGAAUACAUUGGAAUAUUUACAAUAUGUGUUACUAUUCUUAAAUUAGGAUAUGGAAUUAUUAAAUCCAUUAUUAGUUAUAUAAUCUCAUCGUUGGUGAAUUUUAAGAAAUCUGGAAAUUGGGCAGUUAUAACUGGCGCUACCGAUGGAAUUGGGAAAUCAUACGCCGAACAGUUGGCUGAAAAAGGGAUGGAUGUUAUCCUCAUUAGUAGAAAUAAAUCCAAGUUAGAAACUCAAGCUAAUGAAAUUAAGAGUAAAUACAACGUCAAUACUAAAAUAAUAGAAAUGGAUUUCACAGAAAGUAACAUAGAAAUAUACAAGACUUGUUUAGAAAAAGAACUUAAAGACAUGAGCAUUGGAGUUUUGGUUAAUAAUGUUGGAAUGUCAUACUCUCCCAAUUAUUUUUUGAAACAUUAUAAAAAUAAUCCUUUAUAUCAAAACCUUAUUCAAUGCAACAUCAUGUCUGUAAUACAUUUAUGUGGAAUAGUUUUACCUGGUAUGAAAAAACGCAAUCAUGGAAUUAUUAUAAAUAUUUCUGCUUUAUCUGCGGAUUUACCAUCUCCUUUAUUAAGUGUUUAUGGUGCUUCUAAAGCGUUUAUAAAAAAAUUCAGCGAGGAAUUGGCUACAGAAUACGGUCCAGAUGGAAUCACAGUCCAGUGUUUCAUGCCUGGGUUCGUUACAACCAAACUGAGUGAUUUAACAGAAGCAUCUUGGUUUGUACCGUCUCCUGAUGACUAUGUCAGAUCUGCACUAAAAAUGAUAGGAGCUGCCACUGUAACAACUGGAUAUUUUGCUCACACAGUAUGGCAAUCAUUAAUACACAUUGGAAAUGCUGUGAUUCCGCAAUAUACAAAUAAAAUGUUAAUGAAAAGCGUCACAAAAAAUAAAUUAUCAAUGUUGAAAGACACAGUGGAAACUGUAAAUACUAUCAUCUAGAUAACUGAGUAGAUAAACAGAGGACUGUCCAUAUUUUUAAUUUUUGAUUAAUCUAUACAUUCUUUAUUUCGUUUACGGCAUAAAAAAUGAGAAGCUAAAAAUCAGAUUUGAAAACGUUAAUAAUAACAUUAUAAUCAUGUAUUGAUUUUUUUCUAUUAAGAUAAUUGUCACUGAUGAGCUAUUGAAGAGGUUUUUGUUAUUUUAUAAUUAAUUAAUUCAAAAACUUUCAUUGAACAUAUGUGGUUUUUUAAAAAUCAAAUGAUAAUUUAAAAAUAUGUGUUGUAUUAUUAUUUUAUUGUUCUAUUGAUAUUAUACUAUUAGACGAAUUAUUUUAAAUAUCAUUAUCUUUAACAAAAUUAAAUUUUUAUAAACAAACUAUCUAUAGUUUUAUAUUGUACAUUUUAUCAUUAUA